AUGAGGAUCUCUUACUCAAUUGAAGGGAACAUUUUUUGUGAAUCCUUAGGGGGAUGAAUCCUAAUCAAUGAUACUCGUUUCUCUUCUAUAAUGGACCCUCCAACAUUGACACUUCUCCAUCUAUGUACCCCUCCUAGAGACAACAAGCCUUUCACCAUCCCUAUCUCAACUUUGUGAACCACAUUCUUCCCCGCGUACUUUAACUGCACUAUCUAUGCGCUUUUGAUUGGUAAAAAGUUAAAAGCUCACAUGUGAAAGCUAGGCUACCUAAUUAUAUUGCUAAUGCUGAUCAUUAGCUAACCUCAUUGUAGGUUUCUACAUUAGUCCAUGUGUAGAUAGUUCAAGAAGUCACCUGAGCGUUUAGAACCAACAUAACUCUAGGAAAAGUCAAGAGAUCUGGAGGCUGAGCAUUUCUGCAGAUCAAACUGAAAGUGCCCAUGCAUGAAUCAUUAACCAAGAUCACACUAUCUCCAAUAAGAUUUAGACCCAUCCCUGGACCCUGUUCCUUCAGAUCUUAUCUCCUCUCUAUCUCUGUUCAUCUUGUCUUGUGGGGUCUUAAUUCCCCGUGAAACUUCAAGAACUCUGACACCAAUGUGAACUAGGCAAUUUUUUUAAUCACAUCUAACCAUAGAGUAUAUGUUCGUACAGUUUCAGCAAUGCAACUCUAUCAACACAAGUAACAGAACCGCACGGUUGAAUAAAGUACUGUAUCAUUUAAAAGUUGCCCAUCUCACCCCCCUUGGCUAACUGUCAUGUCCCAACAUUUAAUGGGGACCUCUGAUAUUUCUACUUCGGCAUAUAUAUAUAGACUUGUCCUUCACCUUGUACUAUUCAUCAAAAAACAUAUUAUUUCAUCAAAACAUUCUAUCUAUCAAUCUAUCUUAUACUAGAUAUUAAUCUUCUCCUCCUACUAAAAUGAAGAGCAAGUUCAUUAAGUCCUGUGAAAAGAAACUGAAAAAGAUGACAAGCAAAGUCAUAAUACCUUGUACGUCUUGCGAGGCAUGCUACGAGAGAAUUUGCUGGGCAUUCAAGAAGGAAGCUGAGGUGACACCAAAAGAUGUCCCUAAGGGACACUUGGUUGUAUAUGUGGGUGAGGAGUACAGGAGGUUUGUGAUAAAGAUCACCUUGCUUAAACACCCACUCUUCCGAGCAUUGCUGGAUCAAGCAGAGGAUGCUUACGGUUUCAGUGCUGACUCCAGACUAUGGAUUCCAUGCAAUGAGAGUACCUUCCUCAAUGUUGUCCGUUGCGCUGGUGCUCCCCAGCAUCAGAAUAACUGCAUAUGUAUCUAGGAAGGUUCUUGUACAGGGAACUCAAGACAGUCAUUGAUUUCUCCGGCUCCACGUUUACAAAAAGAAUAUUGUUUAAUGCUAAGCUAUCAGGGUACACUAAUAAUGUAAGACUUUUUGUAUUAAAUGUGUCUUUAAAUUCAGUGGGGAAUGAAUUAUUAGCUACAAGGAAAGCAAUAAAAUACGAUUGAAGUUCUGCGUCACACUUCUCCAGCUCCAAAGAAAUACAUAAGCCACAAAAGACAGA